GAAAAACGCUUUAUCUCCCAUUUACAUCUAUUCAUCCAUGCAGGCCAUUGCUCCACCGCUAAACCAUAACCAACACAAACACCAUCUUCCUAUAAUAAUCACUCUCAGCACAGAUUCAUCUUCACAUCAAUCUUUUCUAUUUUCCUCUCUCUGUACUUGUCCUUUUUUUCCACAACCAAUUAAUCACCAAAAAAAAAAAUGGGUUGUGGAAAAUCUAAACUCAGUGCUGUUGCCACCACCUCCCUCCUCAGCAAGAAAUCUAGCGUUAAUAUCAAGGAAACCGAUGCAAAAUCAGUGGACAAAAGCAAUGAUGUUAAAGUUGAAAAUGUCAAUUUGGAAGUUGAAGAGAAGAACAAGGAAAAUGUCGAAGACAAGGAUGUUGGUGAAUCCAACAAAGAUUCUGCGAUAGCAGAGGUUCAAGAAGAUAAGGCAUUGGAGAAGAGCCAUGAAGCUGAAGAAAACAAGGCACAGGAAACGUUGGUUGCCGAAGAACCAAAAGAGCCUGUGAAGGAGGACAAAGAACAAGAAGUGAAGGAUGCUGCUGUUGCUGUUGUAGAAGAGGAACAACAGCCAGAGGAACAACAACCAGAGGAACAACAACCAGAGGAACAACAACCAGAGGAACAACAACCAGAGGAGCAACAACCAGAGGAACAACAACCAAAGGAACAAAAGGGAGAUGAAAAUGAGAAAGAGGAUGUCAAGGGAGAUGAUUUGGUGAAGGAAGAACAAAGCAAAGACACAAAAGAAGAAACCUCGGUCAAGGAAGAGGAAGUUAAGGAAACAAAAGACGAGGAGAAGAAUUUGGCUAAGGAGGAAGAGCCUGAAGUUGCAAAUGUUUCAACCACAACCUCCUAAGUGAACAGAAAGAUUUGAAUUUUUGAGCAGGCACGAACGAGCCAAACAGAAAAGGAUGAAAUUGGACGAGAGUUACAUCACCUGAAUUGAUUAUUCUGGUUGCAUUGCAAGUGCAGGGUGUUUCCGGUUCUAUGUUAGACAUUUUCUAAAGAUGAUUAAGAUGGAAAUAGCUUCAAUACGGUGCCCAGUGUUCAAUUAUGUCUAUGGUGAUUAGCUUUUGUUCAUUUUGUGUUCGUCUUGCAUUGGAUUUUCCUUUCCUCUGUCCUCUCCCAACAUUAUACUAUUAUAAUAUAAUACACUCCAAAAGAGUUACU